AUGCCUCGAUGUUUAAUGGCGAAAAAGUGGAAGGCCUAUCCGUGGCCGGACCGGGCGGAAGAGCAGCCACCACCAGCGGCCGGUGAUGCGGUGGUGGUGACCACUACUACUCAGCUGCUCAUCACCGGAACCGGGACCUCAACCUCAACCACUACUCAACAUGCUACUCAAGACACCUCCUCCUCCUCCUGCGCGCCGCCUCCUGCUACGUCGUCACCAUCGGCAACGGAGAGCAGUAGUAGCAGCAGCAGCAGUAGUGGUGGUGGUAGUGUACUAACGGUUGCGCCUGAAUGUAGUCCACUGUCAUCCGCAGCAGCAGCAGCAGCAGCAACGUCGUCGUCAACGCCGACUACUGCGUCGUCGACAACAGGUGCCAGCGGCAAUAGUGAACCGGUAGAGGAAGAUGAGGAGAUUGACGUGGUGGGUGAUUCGCCGGCGGCCGCGACAGCAACACCGGCCAGCACCAACAAAACCAGCGGAACGGCCGUGGCCACCUGUUGGGGACCAUCGUCGCCGACGGCCGGUGCGACGGCACCGAGCCCACCGCCUCACUCACCGGAAGCGGCCACACGCGAGUCAACCAUCCUCUACAACGGUUACGGUCGGGACAUUACACACCACUUCACCGCUUACCUGCCCAAACUGGAUCCGGAUGCAUCGAGCUAUCAACAGCAGCAGCAACAGCAACAGCAGCAGCAGCAGUUCAUGUCGAUCGCUCCACUAGGAAGCGCACCACAGACCACCUCACCUUCUUCUUCAUCUUCAUCGUCCUCCUCCUCAUCGUCAGCAGCAGCAGCAGCGAGCAGCGGAAGUGCCGCGGAAGCGGAAAGUCCCAGUCCAACCGGUUCCGAUCCGCAGCGAUCACCGAGCCACGGGGCAACGGUGCACGGUGGAACAAAGAAAUCGCUCGCCAUGUGCUUCACCAGCACCGGUACGGCGCUGUCGUUGCCCCCGAAGAAGAAGGACAUCUACCGGCCGUACUCGCUGGACGAUAGGCCACCGAGACCGAACUACGAGCUGAGGAUUCCGGCCGAGGAAGAUCUGCACGCGGCGCACGCCAUCCUCGAUCUGAGCGCUUCGACGGCCUUCCUUCCACCUCCUGCACCGCAUCAGCUAACGCAGCAGCAGCAGCAGCAGCCACCACCACCACCGUCACCGGUAACAUCGCAACCACCCAAUCCGACGGUCAUACUGGUGCCGGCGAAAUCUCCCGUCGAUCUCGACGUUCGGCGACCCUCUUCACCGAUGCUUCUCGUGACACACCAUCAGCAACAUCCUCAGCAGCAGCAUCAUCAUCAGGUGUCGGCUGCACUCCCUCUUCUGUCACCUCAGACCAUUCCCAGCUCGCUCGGUUCACCGGAACAGAACGAAAAUCGGAACAGCACAAACACGCUACCGACACUCGAAUUGUCCCGGUCAUCCUCCACCAACGAUCUGCAGCAGAUCGGCGGUGGCAUUGGUGGCAACAGCAACAGCAACGGUGGCGGUGGUGAGUCCGCAUCCGACUCCGAAGGUCCGAACGGUUCCAAAACGGUCGCCUACACGUACGAAGCGUUCUUCGUGAGUGAUGGCCGCUCGAAGAAGAAGAUAGCGGACCCAAAGACCGCACUCGAGGCGAAGGCAAAAUACACCUGCACCGAGUGUGGUAAGCAGUACGCGACCUCCAGCAAUCUUUCGCGGCACAAACAGACGCACCGCAGCCUCGAUUCGCAGUCGGCCAAAAAGUGUCACACGUGCGGUAAGGCGUACGUCUCGAUGCCCGCCCUGGCGAUGCAUGUCCUGACGCACAAACUUUCGCACAGUUGCGGUGUUUGCGGGAAGCUCUUUUCGCGGCCCUGGCUUCUCCAAGGUCACCUUCGAUCGCACACCGGGGAAAAACCGUACGGAUGUGCGCACUGUGGAAAGGCGUUCGCCGAUCGGUCUAACCUGCGGGCGCACAUGCAGACACACUCGAUCGACAAGAACUACCAGUGUGGACGGUGCCACAAAACGUUCGCCCUGAAGUCGUACCUCAACAAGCAUCUGGAGUCGGCCUGCUUCAAGGAGGACGGUGCACCGAUGUCCCCCCUCUCGCCCAGCUCCAUCGACAGCUCGUCGAUGGAUGGUGAGCUGAGGAUGAGCGAUCGGCACCACCGCCAGAUGUCGCUCAAGCGUGAAAGCAAUGUCGACAUCGAGGGAGACGAUUCGAAUGAGGCGCCCAUGUCACCGGUACCUCAUCUCGGAACGGUCGGAAGUGGUGGUGGUACGACGGGAGGUAAUCUGUUUGUGAUGAAGAACCUGGCCAACAGUUUAGGGGCAGCGGCUGCUGCAGCGGCGGUGUGCAUGGAGUCCCUGGUGCAGCAGCAGCAACAACAGCAACCAACGAUCUGCUGA